AUGAAAGGGUUUAAUAAUAAACUCAGUGGUGGCUUUGAAAUCAAUUCUUGGACACAGCACACUCUCACACUUUCCCUUACUUCUAUGGGUGUGCUUGCCAAUCUGAGCUGCUAUUUCCUACCUAGCUCUUGUUGGUGGAGCCAGGCAUUCUUGAAAUAAGCAAUAUAGGUGGUACCACAAACUGAAGUCUGCCUGGCCAUUGCCAGAAGCCUGGGACAUUUUCACUUCCCAGAGGCUAUUUUUGCAAAGUUCUCUUUUACUUUGCUAGUGGCUGUUGCUUUUCCUGUGGAAAGGCAUAAGGAUUUGGUCUCUGAAAUAAUUAAAAUUUCCGUGUUCUCUAGCAACAGCUGAGUGUGCCUGGAAUUGCUUGUCUUGGGGUUGUUGUUUUUCCUUGAGUACAAAGAGAGAGCAUUUGCAGACAGUUCCUAACUUGGCUUUUGCUGACGAUCAGACUGCGGAGGCUGUCCUGCCUGCUACCUGGAGGGAGAGAAAGAAAGAAAGAGAAAUCUACCGCUUGGAUUCCCUUUACUGCACAAAUGCUGUGUUUGCCCCUCCCAGUCUAAUAAACUCAUGGAGAUUGUCACUGAUGAAAUAGGAACAGAAAGGAGACACAAACCGUUUCCUUUAAAGAUCUAACAACUCACUGGAGCUUUCAGGCAACAUGGCUAGAAAAACAGAGAGAUGUAUUGCAGAAGGAGAUUUCUCCUCCCCCUCUGAAAACCACUAGGACAACCCUGCCACCAAGUCUCUCGGUUCAGACCCAGAACCUGCAAUACUCCUGCUGGCUUAGUGGUGCCUUUUCUACAUGAUCCCCUGGCCUGCAUUCUCAUUCAAAACAACGGAAGCCCUUGCCAAACACAAGGUUGCCCGCUUGUGUUCCUGUGAAAUGGAGGCAGUGGCAAAGAUUUUAUCAGUUGCUGUCUUGGAGCCAAAGCUUUCUUUCUCCUCAUGAAAUUCAAGCAUCCAUUAAAGAUGGCUUCCAAGAGACUUGCAAGGAUGCUUGUUUUCACUACAGCUUUGGUUUGUUUUCUCUGUUUAUAUGCCAUGCUGGGCACUUUCGAAAUCUGUAUAUUCUGUGAGACAAAGCACGAGUUCUUUCCCUUUAAGAGAGAUGGACGUUUUUUAAGGAGGCCUAAAAUGAAUUGCAGACGGAAUCCACCAUUCCUGGUCAUUCUUGUGACAUCAUCUCACAAACAAUCCAACGCUCGGAUGGCUAUCCGUGAGACAUGGGGCAGAGAAAGAAACAUAGACAACAAACGUAUUGUGACCUAUUUUCUCCUGGGAAGUACUCUCACUGCUGUUGACCGGCGUGCUAUUGGUUAUGAGAACAAAAAACACAGAGACAUUAUCCAGAAGGAUUUUCUAGAUUCCUACUACAAUUUAACAUUAAAGACUAUUAUGGGCCUUGAAUGGAUUCACAAAUUCUGCCCACAAACCAGCUUUGUGAUGAAAACAGACUCAGAUAUGUUUGUGAAUACCUACUAUCUCACUGAACUUCUUCUUAAGAAAAAUAAGAAGGUUAGCUUCUUCACUGGCUUUUUAAAAGAGAAUGAGCAUCCAAUACGAAAACUGAUAAGUAAGUGGUAUGUGAGUGAAGAAGAAUAUUCAGGAAACUUGUACCCUCCAUUUUGUUCAGGGACUGGUUAUGUUUUGUCUGCAGAUGUUGCUAGUAGUGUAUAUAAAAUUGCCAAAGAAGUUCCUUAUUUUAAAUUAGAGGAUGUUUUUGUAGGCAUGUGCCUCGCUAAACUCGACAUCAAACUGGAAGAACUUCAUUCAGAACAAACAUUCUUCCCAGGGGGGGUUGCAUUUUCUCCUUGUCGUUUUAGGAAAAUUGUGACAAGCCACUUUGUCAGACCUCAUGAGAAUCUUGUCUACUGGGAUGCACUGGAGAGGUCCCUGGAUGAAAAUUGUCAUCCACGGACCUAUCCAGGUGGCUGAUAGUUUUCAACAGAGGCACAAAACUGCAUAGAACAUAAAUCCUGAAACUUUUGCUUAGAUACUGAAGUCAAAUCUAUUUUAGAUAAGGAGAUGCUGACAUUACUUUUUACAAUCCAAGCCUAUGCUUGUUUGCUUAGGAGUAAGACUCAUAAUGCUUACUCCCAGGUAAACAGCCUGAAAAACCCACUGCAGUAGUGUGAAGAGGAUAGGGCUCCUGAACUGAUGGAUAGUUGUGAAGAACAAGGAAUUUCAGCAAGUGUAGCUUGCCAAAGAAGCUUCGUGAGCCUUAGGUGCUGAAAUUGCAUCUUCUCCACAAUUAUUAAUGGUGCCGGAGCCCUGCCCUCCUUUGUAUCUGGCAGCUCUAGUUCCAUAGCAGGCUGUGCAGCAGGAGAGUUGCUCUGGUAGUGGGCACACUUCAUAGCAAUAUAAUGAGUCACCAUACUCAUCUUCAAGGUUGUUGACUAGCUCUUUAAACAGGCACUGUUCAUCCCCUGAUUUUUAAUAAAGUUAAUGCGUGAAACAACUUUUGUCCCAACAUGUUUCAUACACAAGGUUUGUGCACACAUUCUCCUGGUGGAUCAUACUGUUAAAUGUGAUCAAUUCACUUGUGUCAGUAUUGAGACACUUCAUUUCUUUCUUUCUGAUGGAAGAGUAGGAUCCAAAGGGGUGUGUUGUAAGUCAUGAUGUCAGAGAACUUUGACGGAAGCAGAAUUUGCUGAUAUUUGCUUAUUUGUUCCACUUCUGCAACAGAAAUGAAUCCACAGAAUAUGUGUGUUAUUUGCUGUUGUUUUCAGUCCACAAAUGAUACACAAUGAGUUUCCUCCCAUUUGCCUUGCAUUUUCUUUGUAUUUCUGUGGUGUGGCAUAACUUUUUUAAAUAAAUUUUUAUUAAUAUUAAAUCAAUACAGUUUGUAAAUACUACAAUCAACUACAUCCCCCCCCCCGGACUUCCCUCA